AUGACCACCUCAGUCUCUAAUGCUGCAUUCUGUGCUGCAGCCGACAAGGUCGACUACAUUCUGGGGCAGGCUCUCCAAUUGGAUCCUGCCGAUCCCAGACACAUCGCACUUGGGACGGAGCUGGCCUCAACCCUUAGUUUUACCUUCGGCUCCUUUGCCUAUGGGGCAACCUCUGUGUCGCCCAUGGUGCUCUCUGCCGCCGCAGAGAUUCAUGAGCACCUGGACGCAUCCCGCUGCAAGAUUGCCACUGCCCCGGUCUGGUCCAACAUUCGCCCAGACGAUCCGCGGAGCCGCUCCAGCCCGCUUUACCCCUGCAUUCAUGGCUAUGGGAACCCCCCUCCCUCCACCAAUGCUCCUGUUUCCGGUCCACUCAACCCCCCUGCCCCCGCCCUUCCUCCUCGUGCCGGUCCGUCCAACCGCCUUCCCCCCACCAUUCCUCCUGUUGCCGGUCCGUCUGGAUCCAACGCUGCAUUGGCCCAGGAUGCCGCAGCCCUUGCAGGCAAGGGCAAGGGCAAGGCACGAGAAGAUCCUGUGGCCGAAUCCACAGAAGAGCGCGGUCGCGGUAUGGAACGAGGCAAGCGAAUCCACUGCCUCAGCACCGCCCGCAGUCAGAGUCGCGCGCUGAAGGCUAAACGGCAACGUGCCACCUCCAAGGCCAUGAUCACCAGCGAGGACGACCGGGAGUUGGACGCGGCCGACAUUCCUCAGGACAAACCGGUGCCGGCGGCCAGGAAGAAGUCAUCCUUGCCCAACAGACUUCCCCCCGCCCUCAGGAAGACCCGGCUGGCCAGCAAGUCAGCAUCCCUCACCAUCACCAGCACCGAUGAGGAUGAUGUCGAGGCGCCGACCAAUCCUCCACCCAAGAUGCCGAAGAAGUAUGUCGAGAUUGCUGAUGAGGAAGAUGAAGAGAUGCCGAUGAACGUUGGCCCGGCGCCGAAGAUGGGCACUCCAUUCGUUCAAGUUCCGCCCGCACCAAUUGCGAUCGCCGGCAAUGACGCCGCUGAUCCCAACGUAUGGCAGCCUGGUUGUGGCCCAUGCCGCCACAGAGGGCUUGCAUGCCGCCAAGGCUUCAACAUUGCCGGGUCACCACUCACCGUGUGCGAAAGCUGCCACCGCCUCAAGCAUCGGUGCGGUGGUAACGGUUCUGCCAUCCCAGCCUCCAAAGGCAAGAAAGCCGCAGCGACCACAUCUCUGCCCCCGCGUUCAAAAUCUCGCCGCCGUCCAUCGCCUGUGCAUGUCUCCCCAGAGACAGUUGAUUCAGCCGCUCCAGCAGCAGCCUCCACAUCUGGUGCACCUGCACCGGUUGUUGCUGCCAUCACCGCUCCCGUUGCCGCUCCCGCUCCCAUCACCGCUCCCGCUCCCAUCACCGCUCCCAUCACCGCCACCGCUCCCAUUCCCACUCCCGCCGCCGCCUCCACUCCUGAUGGGCCAGCAGAUGCAUAUGUUGUCGCCCUAAUCGAGGCCUUACAUUCCACCGUCGCCUCAUUGGAGGCAAAGGUCAGCCUUGGGGAGAAGCGUCUCCUUGAAGCCAAUCAGAGAUUGGCCGACCAGGAGGCGGCUUCAAAACUGCUCGCCGAGCAAUUUAAAGAACUUCGCCGCCAGUUGCUCCCUCCCCCAGUCCCGGCAUCACCUGUCGUGGCUUGCCUGCCGGUGAUGAUCGGCAACCUCAGCGGCAGCAGCAACAAUAUUGCUGCGGCUGAAGAUGGAGCUGAGUCCGCGCCUGGAGGUAUUGGAGAGGCUGAAGCAGAGUCCACGUCCGGUGUCAAUGCCGGCGCCAGUGGCAACAACAUGGAUCUGGAUGUUUCUGAGGAUCUGGAGGCUGCCGCUCCGUCUGGUGACACCGCCGGCCUCAGCGGCAACAGCAACAACAUUGCUGCGGCUGAAGAUGGAGCUGAGUCCGCUCCUGGAGUUAUUGGAGAGGCUGAAGCUGAGUCCACGUCCGGUGUCAAUGCCGGCGCCAGUGGCAACGCCAUGGAACUGGAUGUUCCUGAGGAUCUAGAGGCUGCCGCUCCGUCUGGUGACAUUGCCGGCCUCAGCGGCAACACCAAUGAUGUUGUAGCAGAGGCUGAGGUGGCAGCUGAGUCUGCAUCUAUUGCAUCCUCCGCCCAUGAAUGA